UCUUAUCAGCCAACGUGGAACCAAAUAGGCAGCAUCAUGACUGCUCCGGAGUCCGCAAAGUGGUUCAUAGUGAUCAAUGUAUUGGCGAUAACUGCUGCUGGAAGUGAACUAGAUGUGCUAAGAAACACCGACGUUGACUGCGGAUUUGGGUAUGAACUAUUAAUGGCCACCAUCGAUCGAUUGCAAGAAGAUAUCAAAGCCCUGCAGGAAAAAGUAACGAUUCUACAAGAAAAAACUGCAACCAACGAAGCCAAUUUAAGCUGUCUUCCAGCUCAGUUUUGCCGACACUAUGAAACUGUCCAGUUCAACAGCACAUUACCCUUUAGACGUCCCUGGCAUUCAAAUCGUACAAAUUCAGCUAGACAAUCGUGGCAUCAAAGUUCUUCAAGGAACAUUACCAAUUUACAAACGGGAGCGCUAUGGGAACCAGAGAUGAAUUCAACGGCGUCGAAUGUCCAAGAAUACCGACCUUGGGUUAAUCAUAAUCCCUUCAGUAGAACUGUUCGGCCGUAUUCAACGUCUAAUUACACGGAGUACCAAUCUUGGGCCCGUUAUGAACCAUUGAAUAGUACAACUCGGCAGUACCCAAGGAGGCGGUUGGAGCCCUGAUAAAAAGGAGCAAUUAAAAAUAAAUUCCAACUUGAAAACCAACAGAAUCAAUUUGUGACUUUCUGCGCAGGCUCACCUCGAGGGGAAGCAUGAAGUUUAAGGUCUCUAGAAUCACGUGCACUUUGAUUUUUUCUAAAAUAUUUAGACAGGGCUUAAUGGUUUUUCUUCAAAGUUUGUAUGGAGAAUUAGUGCUGUUCGCUACACUCAUAUAUUGCAUGCAAUUUUAUGAUUGUAUGCAACAGCGACGAACCGUUCUAAUUCUCCAUAUAAACUUUUGAGAAAAACCCUGUCCCAGUCUAAAUAUUUUUGAAAAAUUCAAUAUGCACGUGUUUCUGGGGACCCCAAACUUCAUGCUUCCCCUCGAGUUGAGCCUGCGCAGUCAAUUUUGUCAAUUUUUGCAGGUCAGUGUUAUUUAGCACAUAACGUAGAAAUUGAAAGGAA